UGUAUUCAUCUCUCUCUCUCUUCAGUCCGUCCUACCUAACUCGACCACCCACACCUCUCUCCUACUGCGCUGCUCAUCACUCAGUCUGGAUUCAACAGCUCAGACACAUCAGAUGUCCCCGACCCCCCGUCUACCUGUCUGCCUACCCGUCUGUUUACCUGUCUGUCCUUCAACAACAACAUGAAGAAACAAAAGAGACUUUGGUUUCUGCUCUGGGUGUGUGUUUGCUGUAUUGGUCCGACAUGUUGUUGGCACGACUUGGACAACAGAGAGUACGACUGCUGGCCUCUCGACGGACCCAACGAUAGCAACAUGAUCGAAUGUGGAGGUCUGGAGAUGGCCUGGGUGGUCCGUCCUCCUGAGGCCGUGAAGAGCGGCGAGGUGUUCAGCGUCACGUACUCGGUAACGGCCCAGGAUUUUUUCUACCGGUGGGCCGUCGAAAACCACAUCUUCACACACAGCUCCAUAGUAAACGCUGAAGCAGCUCGGAGGUUCUGCGAACAUCACGACUGUCCGUCCAACUGGAAAGAUGCAGACGGAGAAAACUGCUGCAUUCAUCAUGCUAACAUCCACUCCUGUCCACUGGGAUACAUGACAUCGGAGAGCAUCUGCGGCCCCUGGAUUCCUGACGAUGGAAAAAUCUUCACACACACCAUCUCUACGUCCGGAAAGAUGACCCAGACCAACUGGACUGCCAAGGUGGUUUUGCUCCAUGCUGGUUUAACCUCGCUCAUCGCUCACAUACGAGUUGGUCGCAUGCAGGUUGCUCUGGAGGCCAAGAGCACCGUGCUGCCCGCUGUAGUUUGUGGUGAUGGUGUCUGUGAGGAGGCGGAGCUUUGUUCCACCUGUCCAGCCGACUGUGGUGAAUGCCCUAUGACCCCGGCCACCAAGCUGGCCAUCGGCCUGCCGCUCAGCCUGCUCUGCCUCUGCUUCAUACUGACUGCUGUCUGGCUGCGGUACCAGAAACAGAAGCUGUUGUGGGACGAGAGUUGGAUCAUCGACUUCUCUACAAUAAAACAAGAUCAGGAAGCUCGGAUGACCAUGGGCAGUAUAAUGAGUGUGCCAGUGGGAAACAGUGACAGUAACACCAGCUGUAUAACUGCUCUCAGCUCAUGUACGGGACAACCGGGAAACCGAAAAAUACUGUUCACCUGCACCGGGAUAUAUGACGGCAGGACGGUGGCAAUCAAGAGGAUUCAUACAAAGACUUUCUCUCUGUCCAAAACCAUCAGACAGGAAGUCAAACAAGUCAGGGAACUCGAUCACCCCAACCUCUGUAAGUUUAUAGGUGGGUGUGUUGAGGCUCCAAACGUUGCCAUAGUGACAGAGUACUGCCCAAAAGGAAGCCUGAACGACGUUCUUCUCAAUGACGAGAUCCCUCUCAACUGGGGCUUCAGGUUUUCCUUCGCCACAGACAUCGCCAGAGGAAUGUCGUACCUCCACCAACACAGGAUCUGUCACGGUCGACUCAAGUCUCUGAACUGUGUCUUAGAUGACCGCUGGGUUUGUAAAAUAACAGAUUACGGUCUGUGGAUGUAUCGCAGGGAUGACGGGGCGGAGCCUCUUUCCACCUAUCAGCAGAGACUCUUGGAGGUGUACAUGCCGCCAGAGUUUCAUAACUCCAACAUGGAGCCGACGCUGGCUGGAGACGUGUUUAGUUAUUCCAUCAUUCUGCUGGAGAUAGCCACUCGCAGCGACCCCGUCCCCGCAGAGGAGUCUAAUCUGGAGUGUGCCUGGUGUCCUCCUCUACCUGAACUGAUCUCCAGUAAAGCUGACAACACCUGCCCAUGUCCUGCUGACUACGUAGAGCUGAUUCGAAGAUGCCGCUCUCAUAACCCCGCCCACCGACCCACCUUUGAACAAAUCAGGAAGUUUGUUCACCGAAUCAACCCCGUCAAAGUCAGUCCGGUGGACAUGAUGAUGAACCUGAUGGAGAAGUACAGUAAACAUCUGGAGGUGUUGGUGGCCGAGCGGACUCAAGACCUGAUGCAUGAGAAACAGAAAACUGACAGGCUGCUGUACAGUAUGCUUCCUAAGCAGGUAGCUGAUGACCUGCGCCAGGGGAAACCGUUGCAGGCUCAGAGUUACGUCAGUGCCACCGUCUUCUUCAGUGAUAUCGUGGGCUUUACCCAGCUGUCCAGCACCAGCACUCCCUACCAGGUUGUGGAUUUCCUUAACAAACUCUACACAACAUUUGACGACAUCAUCGACAACUACGACGUCUACAAGGUGGAAACCAUCGGAGAUGCCUACAUGGUGGUGUCCGGCGUUCCCCAGGAAAAUGGGAUCCUCCACGCCUCAGAGAUCGCCAGCAUGGCUCUGGACCUGGUGGGCGUCUGUCGCACCUUCAGGAUCCCUCACAAACCCAACAUGCAGCUGCAGAUACGAGGCGGGAUACACUCCGGUCCGGUGGUUGCAGGUGUUGUAGGGACGAAGAUGCCUCGUUACUGUUUGUUCGGAGACACCGUUAACACAGCGUCUAGGAUGGAGUCCACCAGCCUGGCCCUGAAGAUCCAGUGCAGCUCCAGUGCAUUUUACCUGCUGGAGGAGAUCGGCGGAUACGUGCUGGAGUGCAGAGGAAUGCUGCAGGUCAAAGGGAAAGGCGACAUGGUGACUUACUGGUUGGCGGGGAAGAAGGUGUCUCUGGUCGCCAGGGACGUCAGCCCGGACACCAAGACGACCAAGCACGUCACCAUGGAGAUGGAGAAAGAGAUGGAGAAAGAGCGGGAGCUGUAUUCGUCCAUGCCGGGGUUUCUGAACGACGAUCUGCUCCUGGAUCCGGCCUGACCCCCAAACUCUGAGUUCAUCAUUUGAUUAGUUCUCUUCAGUCGUCAUCCCUGUUUCUUCACAUGUUGAAACGUUUGUAUAAUGUGUUAUAUGUUGUUGUAUGUUGUUAUAUGUUGUUACAUGUAUCUGUCUAUUAUCUGUGAUUAAUCCACUGAACAACAGACUCCUGAACACGUCAUCUUAACAACACAUCAUCAUAAUCGACAAAGAUACUUUCAGUCUAAUGUUUAAAGAAAGAAACAGUUUCUACGCAGUUGUUUCACAUUAAAAGCCUAUCACAGUCCAUCACUUUAAUGGUAGGGUUUUAAUGUGAAACUGCCACAGGAAGUAGUUAGUUUCACUGAUGGUUCCUUAAAAGGAACGAGGAAACGUGAACGAAGGGAUGAACCAGGUCUUAAUGAAAAAACACCAGAGAACUGGUCGAAAAAUCUCUGCUGGACUAAAGACUGGAAACUAAAAACUAAAGACUAGAGACUAAAGACUAGAGACUAGAGACUAAAGACUAGAGACUGGAGACUAAAGAUUAGAGACUAAAGACUAAAGAUUAGAGACUAAAAACUAAAGAUUAGAGACUAAAGACUAAAGACUGGAGACCAGAGACUAUAAACUGCACAAAAACAAAUGAGUAAAACCAUAUAUUGUUGUUCUUGUGUGGAUUUAUAAUAAUAAACAGCUGAUGAGUA